AUGUGUAUAGAUGAAUCAGUUUUUGUCCAUAACACACUCACAAAAAUCAUAUUUUGUGGCAAAAAGUGUAUACCAUGUAAGACGUGUUCUUCUUGUCAAAAUUUGCAAGAAGUUGUGAUGGACAACACAGUCGAAAUCAUUGCAAAGUCUGCAUUAUCUAAUUGCAUUUCACUCAAAAAAAUCACAUUAUCUUCUAAUUUGGAAAUCAUAUGUAAACGCGCAUUUUUUAAUUGUCAAAAACUUGAAAACUUUGAAGUUCCACAAAAAGUCCGAUGUGUUGGGAGUUUUGCAUUUGAGAAUUGUGUACAACUGAAAGAACUUGUUUUCAGAAAAACUGUUGUUUUUGAAAUGGGAGGAUGCUUCGAAAGGGGUGUUUCUCUCACUCACUUGAAUGUUCCAAAUGAUUUUAUGAAACAUUUGUAUAACGCAACUGAAAGUGAACAGGAAAUAUUCAAAAGACUUAAAAUCGAAGUUUUGAAUAGAAUGAAUAACAAAGAAAUCAAUAACAGAGUGUUUAAAUAUGACAAUUAUAGUAAAAUAACAGAUAACGUUACUAUUAAUUCCGAUUCUAUGCAUCUUGGUGAUUUGGAUACUUUUAACACAAAUGCUAAAUACACAAGCGAAUAA